AGUGCACGAAGCUUGAACGCUGUCCAGUCUGAAUCAGCUGUUACAGUCUGCAAUAAUUCUAGGUUAUUAACACUUGUUUAUAAAUUUAUUCCUUGCAAGUUACAUUCAAAACAAAGAAAAGUAAGAAAGGAAGACUGUGACAAGAAUAAAUGUGCAAAUUCAGCUCACAAACAAUUACAUAAUAGACAUCAUCUUCAUAAAUGCACUGAGGAAGCCCAGAUAUUAGAAGAUUCAACAAGUUGGAAAAUGCUGAAAGCCUUUUAACGGUUCAACUUUACUGGGCUGUCAAAGAAGAAGUUACAAACAACUGGACCUUUGUCGAAUCAUCACAAGUGAUUCAUUAUUUUGUAUCUGAACAGUCAUGAAGUAGUAAAACAGCAGCGCACUUUCUAGAACAGUUUCCGUUACAUCUUUUUAUUUUAUUUGUCGUGGUAUUACUAAUGUUGAGGAGAUUAUUACGAUCAAAUCAAUGCUGAGGACUGGAGUGUGCCGCGUAGUACUUUUAUUUUUUUCCAAUUCCGUUUCAAAACAAUGGUAGGACUUUCAAAUGAGUCUUAUUUGUUCUCGCCAUCAGCCGCUACGUCUCACCAGGACAUCCACGAAAUGUCAGCACUAACAACGAACGCUCCCACGUCGGCGGACGCCUGUCUCAGCAUAGUGCACAGUCUCAUGUGCCAUCGCCAAGGGGGCGAGAGCGAGAGUUUCGCGAAAAGGGCGAUCGAAUCGCUUGUGAAAAAGUUGAAAGAGAAACGCGACGAGCUCGACUCGUUGAUAACCGCAAUCACGACUAACGGCGCGCAUCCGAGUAAAUGUGUCACAAUUCAAAGAACUCUCGAUGGCAGACUACAAGUUGCCGGCCGUAAGGGAUUCCCCCACGUAAUUUAUGCACGUAUCUGGAGAUGGCCCGAUUUACACAAGAACGAAUUGAAACACGUCAAAUGCUGCCAGUUCGCGUUCGAUUUGAAAUGCGAUUCGGUUUGUGUCAAUCCUUAUCAUUAUGAACGCGUUGUGUCGCCAGGGAUUGACCUUUCGGGUCUCACGUUGCAAUCAGGCCCGUCUCGAUUGGUGAAAGACGAAUAUUCUGCCGGAGCUCCUCCAGUCCCAGGAAACAGCAUGGAAGUCGACGGUGAUUUGGGGGUUUCCGUGUCGCAAACGAUACAGCAUCACCCGCCGCAACAAAAUUUUAGCCUAGUUGCUCUUCAGCAACCCCCUCCCAUGACUCCCAUGCAACAGACGCCUCCCGCGGAGUCUAACAUUUACACCGGCACUAACAGAGCUGCUUUGGGCGCACCGUCCACUUCGGUACCAAAAUUGGAAAACGCUCCUCCGGAAGUUUGCUCUCAGACUAACUGGCUUCCUUCCAGAAUGCACUUGUCAAUCCGUAGCGGCUCACCCUUGUCACCCCAUUUGCAAAAUAACAAUGCGAAUAAUCCAAACGCGACAUCCACGAAUAACGGUCAGGUAACUGGACCGCAGUCGCCUGCACAGACCUACACCGGUACUCAGGGAACAUGGUCUGGGGCAAACACGUUGACAUAUACGCAAUCGAUGCAACCUCCCGAUAACCGAAACCAUCACACGUCCUACUGGACUCAUAGCAAUCAGUUAAGAAAUGAUGUUAAUGUCACGGGUGGACUUCUAUCGACCCAACCACCCCCAGAAUACUGGUGUUCGGUGGCGUACUUCGAACUGGAUACUCAAGUUGGAGAGACUUUCAAAGUCCCUUCUAGUUGUCCCAAUGUCACUAUAGACGGUUACGUGGAUCCCUCGGGAGGUAACCGAUUUUGUUUGGGCGCUCUGAGCAACGUGCACCGCACGGAGCAGAGCGAAAGGGCCCGAUUGCAUAUUGGAAAGGGCGUCCAACUCGAUCUCAGGGGCGAAGGUGACGUGUGGCUGCGUUGUCUCAGUGAUCACUCCGUUUUCGUUCAAAGUUAUUAUUUGGACAGAGAGGCAGGAAGGGCUCCGGGCGAUGCGGUACACAAAAUAUAUCCCUCUGCCUACAUCAAAGUGUUCGAUUUGAGACAAUGCCACCAUCAAAUGACAACUCAGGCGGCCACGGCUCAGGCAGCUUCGGCCGCCCAGGCGGCCGCAGUAGCCGGUCAUAUCCCCGGGCCCCAUUCCGUCGGUGGUAUCGCUCCUGCAAUCAGUUUAUCAGCCGCCACGGGCAUUGGGGUUGACGAUCUGAGGAGACUGUGCAUCUUACGUUUGAGUUUCGUGAAGGGAUGGGGACCGGAUUAUCCCCGGCAGUCGAUUAAAGAAACUCCCUGUUGGAUCGAGGUGCAUCUUCACAGAGCACUGCAGCUCUUGGACGAGGUGUUGCACACGAUGCCGAUUGAUGGACCUAGAGGACCUCUUUUAAGAGUCGAGUAAGACCCGAGUUGCGAACGGGAUCUAUCCCUUAUUUUACAUAUUUUAUAUAUCGUAGUUAUAGUCGUGUACUGUUAGUUACGCUUUCUUACGACAAUUGUUUUCUUUUUUUAUGAAGUGCUUUGUUCUUUUAUAUACAUUCAAGAUUCAUACGUAUUAUCAAAGUUUAUGUAUAUUUCUGUAACAUUAAAUAUUUUCUUUUAAA